AUGGCUGGCUCAGAACCUCCCCAGACCUCGACAGCUGCCUCUUCCUCCAUCGACGGCUCCAAACGAGACACUCCUGCUGCAACACUGACACCUUCCACGCCCUCGACCUCCUCAGCCGUACCGGACGACGCCAACACCGCCAGCAUGGCAGACAAGGGCGACAGCCUCGAGAUCAAGCAAAAGGACCGCACGACGGAGGCCCUGGCUGCAAAGACAGACGUCAACGCUUCCCUGACCACGGACGGGACGGCUACGGCGGCCUCCAGGAAGCAGUCUGCCUGCGGUAAACAUAGUAACACCCAUUCCAAGUCGGACAAGUCCAAGAAGAGCAGUAAGAAGAGUAAGAAGAAGAGCAAGAAGAAGAAGAAGAGCAAGAGCAAGAAGAACAAGGUCGACACAGACAGCUCGUCGAGUGACAGCAGCAGCAGUGACAGUGACCUUGACGAGGAAGACGACAGCAGCUCAGACUCGGACUCGUCGGACUCGGAUACCAGCUCAGAGUCAGACUCUUCCGACUCGGAGGCCGACCAGAAGAAGUUGAAGAAGAAGAAGAAGAAGAAGGCCAAGGAGCGGGCCAGACGGCUAAAGGAGAAGAAGAAGGCUCGUGCUCGCAGACAGGAAGAGACGGAGGACUCGUCCGACAGCGACGACGAGGACUCCUCUGACGCAGACCAGACGAAGAAGCAAAAGGAGAAGCAAAAGGCGACCAAGAAGCUGGUGAAGAAGCUGCUCAAGCAGCAGGCCGAGCUGGAGGAAGAGGAGGAAGAUGUCAACACUACCAACAACAACGGACUCACCCGGGAUCAGAAGCUCGCCCAGCUGCAGCAGAUUCAGAUCCGGAACAUGAGGAGGUUCAGACGGGGGCUUGUCGAUCCGCCGCCUGUAGACACCACCGGCCAGCGCCAGGCCAGGGCCAAGGCGAAGAAGGGCAAACGAGCCUCCAAGGUUGCCUUUAAGAGAGUUGAUCAACUAUGGGAUAGCACGAUCCACAACUACAAGCUCACGGAGACGGUGAAGGACCCCGGCGCAGACGAAUGGGACCAGUACAUCUUCACCGUACGACGCAAGUUCGACUGGGAGAACAGAUACACCGAUACCGUCGUCGAUAUCAAGAGUAAGCCGCUGCGAGAUGCCCUCGCUCACAUCAUGGACGGAGUCAAGGGUGUCAGCCUGGUCCAGGAUACCCCCGCCGCUCACCUCAAGAUUCUCGUCAAGUACCCCGACAAAGAUUAUGCCGAAACCAAGAACGCCCUCUACCCGCUCCUAGAUAACAAUACCAUCACCUACGAUCUCCUAUGGGCCCUGUUCAAGCCAAACACGAUUGCAUACACGCAGACGUACGGCACCCCGGAUGAGCCACGCGCCUUCAAGAUCGAAUACGCCUCCAAGGAGUCCUCCUUCAUGCGCGGCCAGUGGUACUCCAUCGAAGGUCGCUACCUAGAGUACGACGGCAAGUCCUUUGGCAUGGGCACCAUGUCGGCCGAAGUAGAUCAUUUCAAGGGACCUCGCAAGAUCUCCAGUCUGGCUUGCUACCCGCUCAAGUAUCACCGUGACCCUGAAGCGCUGCGGGAACAGCUCAUAGAACGAGGGAAGAAGUUUGUUGCCCUCCAGGGCAUGAACUACAGGUUCCACAAGGGCAUGGCGUUUGUCAAGCGCAAACGGAGCGUCAUCAAGGUCAACAUCAAUGGCCGUAUCAUGGUAGAUCCUGCUCUGCAUCGUCGGAUCAACCCCAACUAUGCCAUCAGCACCGUCAAGCCCAAGGAACCCGAUCUGACCAUGGAGGCAGACGGGGGCGACGAUAGCGACGACAGCUGCUGCGGGUCUGACUCCGGUUCCGAGGGCGGCGACGCCAGCGGAGAGAGCUUCAAGCCAAAGACCAGACUGAAAAUCGUCCAGGAUAAAGAAGGAAAGACGCAUGUCGUUGCGAUGGAAUGUGAUGAGAACGGCAACGAGAUCCCCAAGGAGGACAUUGCUAAGCUCAACGACGAACAAACGGUCGAAUACGAAUUCACCCAGGAAGAACUCCUUAUUGCCUCGCCUGUCGUUCUGGGAUUCGCAUUCAGUGAAAAGCUAUGGCUUGAAUUCACUGUCUCGGGCAUCACAGACAUAGACUGGAACUCCGGCGCGUUCGACUCCCUUGUCCUCCCAGCAAACCAGAAAUCCAUCGUCAAAGCGCUAGUCGAAUCUCACACCUUCCAUGCCGCCGAAAAUAUAGACGAUGUCAUCCAGGGCAAAGGCAGAGGCCUGGUGGCCGUUCUCCAUGGCCCACCCGGAACGGGUAAAACGCUCACAGCAGAAGGUAUUGCUGAACUGCUUAAGAGACCUCUCUACAUGGUUAGCGCUGGCGAGCUAGGAACUGAUUCCCGUACCCUCGAGGGCGAGCUGAACAAGAUCCUGGACAUUGCUCACUCAUGGGGUGCUGUCCUCCUGCUAGACGAGGCAGAUGUCUUCCUUGAAAAGCGCACGAUCCAAGAUAUCCACCGUAACGCUCUUGUUAGCAUCUUCCUGCGUCUGCUAGAAUAUUUCCAGGGUAUCCUCUUCCUCACCACCAACCGUGUUGAGACCUUUGACGAUGCUUUCCAGUCUCGUAUACACGUUGCUCUGCGAUACGGAGAUUUGACCACCAAGGCCAAACGAUCUGUUUGGAAAAUGUUCCUUGAUCGUGUCCAGACCAAGGACGGGCUGGAAGUCGUCAAGUUCUCUGACAAAGAUUACGAUGCUCUUGCUAGACAUAACCUCAACGGCCGACAGAUUAAAAACUCGGUGCGCACGGCACAGGCUCUAGCCAUAAACGAAAAGGUUCCGCUAUCAAUGGAACAUAUCAUGCGCGUCCUGGACGUAGCAGAGACGUUCGAGCAGGAUCUCAAGGGUGGAACAGGCUACAUGGAUGCUAUGAGAAGCUACACUUAA